ACGUACCCGGUAGACGAGAGAUUUGGAUGCAGUCACAUCAUCGGUAUGUUACAAAUUUAUGCGAGAAGCAGCGAGAGUGACCUACUAUUGAGAACCGUGUGUUUAUAAUAGAGACACAAUUGCGUCAUACCUGUAUCAUGCUGUAUUUCGCUUCAUUUCAAGAUUUAUACACCUUAAUUUCUAAUGGAUUGCUAGGUUUACGACUUAAAAAAAACCAAGGAUAGCCAAAGUAAAUUGACGCUGUCGACCACUGCCGAUCGAUCCCGCCGUCAGCCCAGGCGGGCUUAGCGUGUGAGCACAGCCUAACCUCUAUUCUAUUUAAUAAUCAUCAGAAUCUGAUCAUUCACCGUGCAACGCAGAGCUAGAGGCAGAGUGCCAGAGCAGAGCCAGCAUCACCGGAGCCAUCAUCUACGGUACCGGGACAAGAGUUACCCUCGUCCUUAGCGGGCUGAACAUGCAUCUUGUGGUAUUUUGAUCCAUGUCGGAAUUUGUUUAUGACUUCAGAGUUUGGAACGAAUGGAGAGAAUGAUAGAAUGAUCCGAAAUCAUCCGACCAUGAUAUACCGUAUUGAUGUUUAACAGUUUAGUUCAAACAAAGAGUACAGACCUAGUUAUAUCCUUGUCAUUUGUUUUGUUCCUCUUAGUCUUACAUGAGGACAAAAAUUAAGGAUUAGACUAUAUUUAUUCAGACUCGUUUUUUUUUUUUGGAUUUUUAGAGUCUACUUUGGUCUAUUCCCACACAAAGUUCAAAUCAAUGUCUCUAAUUCUGAAACCCAAAAUGGAUCCAAAUUCAAACCAGAAACCAGAUCUGCCUGCACUCCCAAAGAGUUUGAGUGGGCUUCUGAAUGCCAACAGUGGAACUAGCCGUGAAAUGGGUAGAAUUUUAGCCCACCAAACGAACAUACAGGACAGUCUGGCAGCUGGAUUUUCACCAAGCCAUGUUCAUAAGAGCGGAGGAAGGAAAAAGAGGAAACGCAUUGAAAUACCAAGAGGAAAUCUAGACGCUGCAUUGGCCUUGCUUAGAAAAGAAAUGGUUGGUCUUCGUCAGCUGGAUGUAUCUCUCUUGAGUGAGCUAUGGUCUUUAAAUGAAUCCAUCCAAGAUUAUAAGUCAGACAUGGAGAAGGUCGUUGAUAGCUCUUCGGAUCUGGACCCUGAUGACUCUCAGCUCAGCCAACUAUCGGCUCUAGAUGAAGAACAAAUGGAGGAUUAACUGUGGAUCUAGUCCCACUAUAAGCCUAGACCAAGAACCAAGAUGAAAUCUAACUUAUUAUGUUUGAUGAACAACCCAUGGAAAAACAAUUUAGACCCUUUGAUAUUUAUUGUGUGACUCUGUCUGUAACCAAUUUCAAAGCUUACAGAGAGAUGAAUAUGUUCUGGUCAAGUGUUUUUACUACCGAUAUUGAUAUUCAUGUCGGCACCAAAGAAUGGAAGUUGGAACCCAGAGAGUUUGCACCAAAGGAUGAAAACCAGAUAAAAAGUAUCCUUUUCAAGAGAACAGAAGAGGGUCUCCAUGAAUCACCUUCACAACAUUUUAUUGGUUAAUUCUGUAAUAUGUUGAUGAUUCUUACCUGAUUGCUAGCAAUCGGGAUCGACGGCUUUAGGUCCUCUCUGAGGGAUCUGCAGUGUAUGUGGAAUCUUACAUCACUAUUAAAUUGUGCAUAUUUGGGGAUCGUGUGUACUUUAAUUUGAUAGUGAUUUAUUAUGAAGUAGAACAGUUUUAUAGACCUAAUCAAGGCCUUGAGUCCUGGUAGACCUAGUCUUAAAGCCUAAUGUUCACAAUUUUGUGAAAGUGUCAUAAUUACAACGAUAGCUACUGUUUUGCAAUUUUGAAGUGGGAAAAUAAGAAUAAUAUGGUAUGGUUGAAUACUGAAUUUUUGUAGAAAUAUUCAUUGACAAAAAGAAUAAGAUUCAUGCAGACUGCUGCAAGUCAAAGGGAUUUGCUUAAAAUUUGAUUUUAUGCCUCAAGUGACGCAUGAAUGAAUUUUGCAUGCGGGCCUGAUGAAUAAAAAUCAAUUGUAGAAUAUAAGGAGAAAUGUCAACGUUGCACGCAUUUCAGAUUAAGCUUUUUGCUGUACAGUGUAUUCAAGAAUCAUUUAAUGUUUUGCAAAAUUUUGCAUGAAGUAAAGAGUAAAGUGGAGCGUUGUGGCCCAGUGGAUUAGUCUUCGGACUUUGAAACAGAGGGUCGUGGGUUCGAAUCCCAGCCAUGGCGUAAUUUCCUUCAGCAAGAAACUGAUCCACAGUGUGCUGCACUCAACCCAGGUGAGGUAAAUGGGUACCGGUAGGAAGUAAUUCCUUAAAAAGCUGUGUGCGCUAUGAACGCCUAGCUUAGCCGGGUAAUAUAGGAGCGCCUUGAGCACCUAACAAGGUGGAUAUGUGCGCAAUAUAAAUACCCUAUAUUAUUAUUAUUAUUAUUUAUGUCCAUGGCAGCCUAGUUUCACUGAAUGAAGUACUGAUUUUAUGAAACUUUGGUUGUGUGAUGGAAAACAUAGUUAAAGUAAUUCCACCUUGAGAUACGAGGCCACAACAGGUGCAUAUUUAUUUCAAUCACUGGUUGAAUUAAAGUUAAGAUAAAAAAUAUACUUUUUGGUCUAAACCAAUAUUGAGUAAAGAGGGAACUUUUACAUGUCAGAUGGGUUGAACAACACAAAAGUCUGUGCAAAGCUUACACAAUAUUUCCUUAAAACUUACCCAGCAUAAUGUAGUGUUAUACAACAAACAUCAAGUUCUUUCUAACUGCAUUGUAAAAUGUGUUGUUUCUUGAUGGUUCUUAUUAAUUUCUUAUUCAAUGUUUUUGUCCAACCUAAGAUUUAGGUUGAAAGGAUGAACAAAAGCUACAAGUUGUGAAUUAAUGGCAGUUAAUAAAAUAAUUUCCAUCAUUACCCCAAAUCUGAUUUUCUUUAUAUCCUUUGGCAAUUUAAGUAGAAUACAACUCGCUUGUUUCAUAUUAUCAUAGAUGGUCCCUCUCUCACCUUUUGUUCUCAGUGUGUGAAUAUGGAAUGUACAUUGUACUUUGUAGCUUCUUUCAUGUAGUAUGAUGAAAGCUAUCGACUGUACUCCUAGACAAUUUACUCUUGUAGAUGUGUAAAUAUGUAUAUUCUGUUUUCGUUUCUUGCCAGUGUAUCUACUGUACAUGUAUGUAAUCUGGUUGUGCAAGAAAAUAAGAUAAUCAUUGAUUUGUUAUGUAAAAAACAUUGGUAAACCUUGCUUUUAAAAUCAAAACUGUUGUGCCUUGCCAAGUGAUGGUAUUUUGUGAAAACAAAGUGUUUAGCAAAUCAUAAGGAAUAUGAUUAAGAGAAAAGAUCUGUGUACAGUCAGAAGCACAAAUAUUUAAAAUGUGAAUUAAAAAAAGAAGAUAGAAUGCUCAUUAAAGAGUUCAAGAAUAUCCAUUCUCAGGAAUUCAAGUGUGCAUUCUAUUGGCCAACAAUUUUUUUUGUUUUUCUGUAUCUUUUUUAAAAAGUACUUUACAAAAGUCUUCAACAGUAUUAUACAUUUGAUAAUCACUUGCCAUGGGGUGUUGUUUACGUGUAACACUGUUUUGUAACAAGUUUAUUGUUUGUUUACUUUCCUAUGUGUAGGUCAUUGUUUUAGUUUGAAAAGCUAUCUUUUGUAUCAUUUGAUUUCUAUCGAUCAGCCAUGCCAUUUCUUUGAGCAAUCUUACUGUGGAACCAUUUGUUAAAUAAUUAUAUGUACAUUAUUGGAAUGAGCCAACAUGAAAAUACUGUUCAGAUAUGCCAUUUGUUUGUCCAACUCAUUAAUAGAUGAAGCUUCUUGCCAAGUAUUGUGUAAUGUGGUAUUAUCAAGCAGAUUGCAAUAGGUGAGGUCAGUAAAUUUGAUUUCAGGAUUAAUUGGGAAGUUGGCAUCAGGAAGGAGAUAUGUAGAAAAACAGGAAAUGUGUCAUGUAAAUUGUGCAACGUCGCUCAUAUUUUGGCUCAAAAACAUGCCGGUACAGGGUAUUAUCUACAGUGACCAGGUGCCUUUUACACAAAGAUCUAUGUUGAUCUUACUACUUUACAUUUGAUUUGUUUUCUUGAUUGUGUUUAAUGAUCAGUGUAAUGAAGAUAAGCCUUGUAAAGACAAAUAAACCACCAAUGUAUUGGUAAUGGAUGUCAGAUCUCCUGAAUGCAUAAUAUUGAAUUUAUUUUGCAAUGUCUUUCAGAAAGAGUUUUGACUCGACAGAUUUUUGCAAGCAAUGUGUAUGCAAAAAAAUAGCUGUAUUGACUCACUGGGUGAAAAAAAAAAGAUUUGUCAUUUGUUGCGUGUCUGCAAAACUGUGUCUACAUGUAUGGUAUGCAUGACAGCCAUUCAUAAAAAAUAUUUUGGUUUAACUACAUGUAUGUAUAGUUUUAAUUAGGUUUAACAAGUAGCAUGAAAUUGGUACAAAUUGCAUUUUUCUGAACAUAGUGAAAUUCUUGUCCUUGCCUUGAUGGUCAAGAAAACUUUUCAUUGUUAUUUCCGUACAAGGAACUUUUAAAGCUGUAAUUUCCUGUAAAUACUAACUUGAAAAUAUAAAGUGGAAAGCACAUGCAGCAUAAUUACCAUACUGCCAUCAUUUUGUUAACUGAUAAACAUUAUAGUGAAAAUUAUAUCUUCAACUUUAAAACUGUUUUCUCUUGGCAAAACAUAUUUGUUAUGUUAUUAUUAACCCUAUUAGAUAUUUUUACAUACAUGUACACUCUUCAUCUCUUGGUACCUGAAUAUUUGGCAAGAUUAAUUUUCAUGAAUAACAAAUUAUCUUAAGUAUUUGUCUGUGACAAAGGUGGAAUUGACAUGUGCCCUUCUACGUGAAUUUUGAAGUUAUUUGUUACUUGGCUACAUGUAUGUGUAUGAGUUCUUUUGUUACACCAAACCGAUUUACCAUAAGUUAGAGGCAAUAAGAAAUGCCUUACUUUUUUCCCUAUCCGAGUCUCUUCCCCUCUCAAUGGUGGUAUUACCAACUUACAUGGUCUGGCCCUCUUCCUCCUUCACCCCCCCCCCUUUCACACCCACCCUCAGUCUAGUCAUCUCCUGAAACAAAAAAGGGAAUUUUGUGUUUUCUCAAUAAGAAAGAGUACCUUCCUAGCAUUAAUUUUAAUGUUUACAUUGUACUUUACACAUAAUUAUUAGCAAAAAUACAAAUGAUAUCAUUUAAGUGUUGAUGAAUACACCUUACAUAUUCAAAAGGCCUUUUGGGUUUUUGGUUUUGGCCAUCAAACGGGCAUUUUUUCCCAAACUGUUAUUCAAGAAAAGUGCAAGUGCCAUUUUUGUUACUGUGACUAUUAACACAUAAUGCAUAAAAUACAUGUAGCUUGGGAUGUGUUGUUUCAUGAAUGUGGUUAACACAUCAGAUAUCUGUCUCGGUCAUGUGGCUCAAUUACAUCCUGUCUGCAUACCAUUUGAGGUACAUGUAGGGGUUGCCAAUCGGGGCUUCAGGGGUCAUUAACUUGAUAGUAUUGUGCAUGCCCGUACAUGGAAGGAGAUAUCUCCUUGAUUAUAUCAAAAUAACUUUAUAUCAAAACAUUUAAUAGUAUCAAUAAGGAGUUUAAUGUCAAGUCACCAAUAGUUUGUAGCACAUACAUGUAUUGGCUGCCUCAAUGACCGGUUUGAAGAUUUGUUAGCACUAGUCUAGUGUGUCAUUGAAGCAAUGAUUCAUUACUUUGUAUCACAAUUGUGACAUGUUUAGUCAUCCUGACAUUCUUCAAAAUCAAGACAAAAUGUUGCAAUAUUAGAUUGGUAUUAAAGAAGGAAUAUUUGUUUA